GUAUGCGCAGCUUGGCAACCUGUAACAUCGCCAUGGACCACCGUGACCAAUGCCCUCUCAUACUACUUGUCUUCGAGCCGCCAUGGAGCACGCUCACCACUCCCUGCAGAGCAGCAAAGUCAAGUUCGGCAGCCACCUCAACACCAUCGAGCUCGCGACGAAGGAAUUCAAUAUAGAUACCAAGUACGUGGAUCUGGUUAUCAGGUUUAUUGGGGCGUCGGAUCUUGCAAGGGUGCAUGUUAUUGGCAUGAUGAACCCGUGUUUUCGUGCUACGCUUGACGACAAGGUUUCGUACACGUCGUCUAUCAAACUGAAUACCCUUUCCCCAGUUUGGGAUGAGACCUGGAUCGUGAAGACGGUUCCUUCGACAGCUACCUUGUCCGUGGUAGUCCGAGAGGUGGAGAGUGGAGCACUGGUAAAUAAUGACAUUGGCAUGUUCAAGACAACUGUAAGUCCAGGUACGAAAGAGGUUGAAAUAGUUGGCAAGAGGCUCGGUCGAAGUAAAGGGACAUUCUGGUUGAACAUUGAAACCUCUCCGUCGGCUCAGAAUUCAAUAUCACUACCAUAUUUGUUUGAUGGCCCGAUCCACUAUUCUCGACACGACUCACCAACAAUGGGCGUUCUUACCAAUCUCAGGGACACGCGGCUGUAUUCGACAUGGAAGAUCUAUAUUAAAGGUGUUCCGCAAUUCUUUGGGGAUAUGGUGCAACGAUGGAACCACGAUUACAAGGGCGCACAGGCCAUUUUCAAAGGGCCUACAUCAAUUGCGGUGCGUUCCGGCAUUAUGGCUGGCCACCACAUGUUAUACGCCCGGACCGUUUCGAAUGAUUUUGGGGUUAUAACAAGUGCCGAUGAUGUGUUCAAGUUACUGCGAGGCGGCUUGCGUCGAUCAUCGGGAGACGGCAGUAACGCAUUUGAAAAUCGCAUCAAGCCCGCAGUAUACACGUAUGUUAUCGCCGAGGAAGACAACACCUUCCGUUUCUCAGAGACAGGGGCGGCGUUCUUCGUUAACUUUGCAUCGAAGCAUGCACUGCAUAGCAACUGUGCAGAAAGCGUAGUGUACGGCGGAGAGUUUCAUCCUCGCCCAGAAGGUGGCUGGGAGAACUUCUCCGAUUGUACGGACGAUAGCGGUGUGAGAUGGGAGUUGGUGAUUGAUAACGACUCUGGGACGUAUUCUCCUAAUCCUGAUCUGCUGCCCAAAAUUGUACAACUCCUGGAACACAAUUUUACGGGGAUCGACGUAGUUGCGCUAGCAGAGGACGAUCCGGAAUUGAAGAAGAGUAUAGAUGCGUGCAGGGAGUACGCAUUGACGAAAAGGGGGGUGAAAAGUACGGAGUUGGAGCCUCAUGCCACUGAGGGCGAAGAGACGCUAUCGGAUCGGGUUUCAGCACUUAAGAAGACCUAAUUAUUGAGGAUGAUGUCGUUGUCAGGUGUUAGAGAGCAGGUGACAUGGUUGAUGUAAAGAUAAAUGUGUUAGAUAAAAGGAAAUGAUGUGUGAUGCUCAA